UUGGACCCAACAAAGCGCUGGAAUCAUACGAUUAAGCGUUACCAUCGCCGGAGGAUAUAUUCGCAUCCUCAAUGGAGGUACGGUGUUUUCGCAGAUCUCUCGGAUGCUUACCUGCAGAUCGAGUUAUCAGAAGAAGCGAAGAAAGUGGACGUGAUAAACACUCAUAGGGGAUUGUAUCAAUACAACAGACUGCCUUUUGGGAUAAAGACAGCACCAGGGAUCUUCCAGCAAAUCAUGAACAAGAUACGAUUGCGAGGUAUAGCAACUUACCUGGAUGACAUACUGGUCUGUGGACAAACCAAAGCAGAACAUAUGGAGAAUUUGUUGGCUGUAUUUGCACGGAUUGCCGAGUACGGAUUCAGAAUUCGCUUGGGGAAAUGUUCCUUUGAUGGCUUGUCACGAUUGAUGAAGAAGAAUCAGAACCCCGAAGAAGACAUCGUGGCUGCUGUUGAGAAUGAUGUGAACAGCAUGCUGAAGAGCUGUAUCAAACUACCCGUGACCGUAUCUGACAUACGAAGAGGGAUCCAGUACUGAGG